AUCAACCUGCUAUUUAUUUAUCUUCGGAUUGAUGUUUUCUCUGUUUCAUCUGUAACAGCGAGUACUCUGUAACUGAUUGUUAUUUUAGAAAUGAAGUGUGAAUAAAUUAAGGAAUGACAUGAUUUUGUAAUUCUAUACUUGAUAAAUCUUUUGUUUUCAGAUUGAUGAAAAUGUCUAAUAGAUUGUUAAGAACACGAGUUUUAUUUACAAUUUUUACCAAACGACGAAUUCAUAAUGGGGUGAAUCGGAAAUGGAACUAUGAUUUACUUGUCAUAGGUGGAGGAUCUGGUGGCUUAGCUUGUGCUAAAGAAGGAGCAAUAUUAGGGAAAAAAGUUGCAGUAUUGGAUUAUGUGGAUCCAUCUAUAAGAGGAACAACUUGGGGCCUGGGAGGUACUUGUGUCAACGUAGGUUGUAUUCCUAAAAAACUGUUCCACCAGGCAUCUUUACUUGGUAAAACAAUUGAAAAUUCUCAAAAAUAUGGUUGGAUUACUGAUGAAAAUGUAAAGCAUAACUGGAAUGUAUUGAGUACUGCAGUUACAAAUCAUAUAAAAUCUCUGAAUUGGGGGCAUAGAGUACAGUUAAAACAAAAGAAUGUUGACUAUUUUAAUGCUAAAGGAAGUUUUAUUGGAGCUCAUGAAAUUGAAACAAUUGACAAAUUUGGAAAAAAGCAAGUGUUAACAGCAGAAAAUAUUGUUAUUGCCGUUGGAGGGAGGCCCAAAUAUCCUAAUAUACCUGGUGCUUCUGAAUUUUGUUUAAGUAGUGAUGACAUAUUCAGCUUGAAAACUCCUCCUGGUAAAACGUUAGUAAUUGGUGGUAGUUAUGUUGCUCUGGAAUGUGCUGGCUUCCUUACAGGUCUUAGAUACAACACAACUGUUAUGGUUAGAUCGAUUUGUUUACGGGGUUUUGAUCAACAAAUGGCAAAUUUGAUUAGUGAUCAUAUGAAAUCAGAAGGUACUAAUUUUCUUCAAAAUUGUAUUCCACUCAGUGUAAAGAAAGAUGAUAAAUCAGGUCUUCUUAAAGUUACAUGGGAAGAUGGAGAACAACAAAGUUAUAGUGACGUGUUUGAUACUGUUUUAGUUGCCAUUGGCAGACAAGCUGUCACAAAAUAUCUUGGAUUAGAUAAGGUAGGAGUUGAAGUUAAUCCUGAAUCCUUUAAAAUAAUAUCUUCAAAUGAGCAAACAAGUGUCCCUAACAUUUUUGCUAUUGGUGAUGUGCUACAAGGGAAGCCAGAAUUAACUCCUGUAGCUAUUAAAGCUGGAAAAUUACUUGCUCAUAGACUUUUUGCAGGAUCUUCAGAAAAUAUGGACUAUGAUAGUGUUGCAACUACUGUAUUUACUCCUCUUGAAUAUGGAUGUGUUGGUUUGUCUGAAGAGGAUGCUCUUCAAAGAUAUUCUGACAGCCAAAUAGAAGUUUAUCAUGCAUUUUACAAGCCUCUAGAAUAUGUUAUACCUCAACAAAAUGCUGAUCAAUGUUAUAUUAAAGUUGUUAGUUUAAAAAGUGAUGCUGAGAAAAUAAUUGGAAUGCAUUUUCUGGGUCCGAAUGCUGGUGAAGUAAUUCAAGGCUUUAGUGUUGCUAUGAAUUGUGGACUUACUUUGACAAAAUUACAAGAAACAGUUGGCAUUCAUCCUACAACUGCUGAGGAGAUUGUAAAAUUGAAUAUCACAAAACGUUCUGGGUUAGAUCCCACUGUUACUGGUUGCUGAGGUUAAUCAUCCUCAUCUAGAAAAUUUCCCUGAAUCAUUAUGCAAUGUAUUGAAACACCUGAUUACUUUAUUACACUACUUUUAAUUUUCUAGAUAAUUAUGUUGAAAGAAAAGGAAUUCUUUUCUUCAAAGAUGAAUUAAUUAUUACAGCUAAUGAUAUGUUACUCAAGAUGUAUUUUGACAUUUAAAAUUGCAUUGUUGAUUGGUGAAAGUAAUUCUUGAAAAAAAUUCAUAUCAGUUCUUUGAUUUGCAGCAGGUGUCUGUUGGAUCUAAGCUUGCUUAACACAAAUAAUGCAAUGUACAAUUUGGGUUCUUAUCAGAUGGUACAAACUGAUUGUUAUUACAACACCUUCUAAAUGUCAGUUUGAGGUGGGGGGGAAAAUUAGAAUUAACUUUAUAGUUGUGCAAUCUAUUUAUUACUUUAUAUUAAAACUUUUUAAAAAAAAGAGAAUUUUUUACUUUAUUAUUGAAAAUUAAUGCUUUGAUUUCUGUAUAAUAUUAAAUUUUACUUGUGCUGUUAAAAAUUAUGAAAAUUUUAUUUUAUUUUAUUUUUUGUAUUUUAAUAAAUGGGAAAUUUUCUUGUUGAGGAUGUUAAUCUUAUUGUUUUUUUAGACAGAAGUCAUAUUUGAGAUGUAUGAUACAGUGUUCAUAAACUUGUGUAAGUUGAAUAUUGUUGAUGGUUUCUCAAAUAUUCUUAAUAUGUGAUUUAUGAUGAGCUUUGUAAAUUUUUUAAAAUUAAAGUUAGUUUUGAAGGA